GAGUCUCUAUACAAGCCUCCAAAACCUCCUCAGACCGGGACCCGCAGCAGCACUCAGGCCGCCGGGCUGCCGGGCUCACAUGUCCCGCUCACCGCCCAGCAUGGAGAACGGCCUGCAGGAGGAGCAGGAGGAGGAGGAGGAGGAGGAAGAGGAGGAGGAGGAGGAGGACGGAGACCUGGACGACGAGCUGGACGCGUCUCAGCUGGAGCGGUUCAUGAAGGACCGGAGGAGGGCCCAGUCCCUGCCCGCCUACCCGGCCGCGCUCCUGGUCGGGGUCCCGGGCAGCGACGGCAGGAAGCGGGUCAAGUUCGCCGACUCGAUGGGUCUGGACCUGGCCAGCGUCAAGCACUUCUCCUCCCUGGAGGAGCCGCAGAUCCCCACCAAGGUCCUGUCCCGCCACAAGAGCUUCCCGCCGCCGCAGCAGCAGGACUUCCUCUCCGACCUGUGCCAGAGCUUCAAGUCCGGUCUGGACACGGACCGCCUGGUCGCCUGCUUCCCGGAGCCCCGGGACGCGGAGCGCAGAGUCCAGCGGCUGCGCGUCUGUCUGGAGAAGAUCACCAUCACGCAGUUCGACGUGCGGGGCCACAUCCGGGUCCUGAGCGGCGGCGGCGGCGGCGCGGACAGACAGGUCGGGGUGCGGUACACCUUCAACGACUGGCUCUCCUACGUGGACGCGCAGGCUCUGGCCGCCGGCCCCGGGGCCGCGGAGCCGCCGGACCGCUCCGUGGGGGAGCGCUUCGGCUUCACGGUGUACACGCCGCCCUUCAUGGACCCGAGCUCGGCCGUGCACUUCGCCGUGUACCUGCGCAGCGCGGAGGGGGAGUUCUGGGACAACAACGAGGGGCAGAACUACAGCCUCCGGUACCGCUGCCUGCCCUGCCCGGACACGUUCGUCAGCGCCGCUUUUCACGCCUUUUGACCGCUGCGUAAAAGCUUUCCAUCGUGCGUAAAAGCUUUCCAUCGUGCGUAAAAUGCUCUCCACCCGCUGAAAUGCUCUAAAAUCCAGCCCGCUGCAUUAAACAGCAGCUGUGUGUUCUGUGGGAGUCUGUUUGAGUUCAGGGAAACUUUUUUUUAUUUUCCAGCCAGAAGGAGAAAGCUUCAGGUUCAGAACCUGGAGGACAACACAGCUGCACAUUUAUGGAUAUUUGUCCGAACUUGGCUCGUGGACUUUCUUUGAGACUGAUUUACACUUUACAACAAACAUCUGGACGUGUUUUCUUGGACAACGUGUCUCUGUCUCGCUGCUCUUGGACUCCAUCUGUUGAUCAGAAUAAAACCAUGUGGAAAACUUUUAAAAUGAAAAAAAACAA